ACAUCUCUUCGAAAAGUAAACUCGUAUAAUGGCCGAUGAGGAAGAUCCAUGGGGUUUCGAUGAAGGUGAUAGCGAGCCAGCCGCUGCCGCUGCCCCUGCUGCUGCCGCUUCUCCUGCCCCUGCCGCUGCAGGUGGUACGCCGGCCCCUGCGGAGGGUGGCGCUGAGAGUGCACCAGUUGAAGGCGAAGCUGGACCAGCAGCCGCCGAAGAGGAGGCAGCACCACCACCACCGCCGCCAGAAGAUGAUGGCUACCGGAAGCCAGUGCAAUUAUAUCGUCACUGGGUGAGACCACAAUUCUUGCAGUAUAAAUACAUGUACAACUACAGAACAAAUUACUAUGAUGACGUUAUUGAUUACUUGGAUAAGAAGCAAGUUGGCGUACCAAGAGAAAUACCAAGAGCACAAACCUGGGCUGAACGUGUGCUCCGAUCAAGCAACACUGGGUAUGGACGCGACCUUGAUUCGUACACAUCUUCAGGCAAAAGGGAUAAGCAUCUUGUUCAAACUUUGGCUGCCUCGAUUCGCACACAUAAUUAUCACACUAAAGCUUAUAUUAACCAGAAAUAUGCACAUGUUCUAUAAAUGAAACAAAAUAAAUUAAAGUACCUAUCUAAAUACAUAUGUACAUAAACAUACAUACAUACAUACAUACGUACAUAAAUAUGAAUAACAACUAAAAAGUUAGUUAAAAUUGUAGUACAAUUUAUUUAUAAGGAGAUGUUUACCUAUUUACGUUACGAAUAAAGUGGGAGCUUGUCGCUAUAAUACUCUU